AUGAACAAGUCUGGACUGCUCCUCAAGAAAGGAACGUCAUCCAUGCCAAAACCACAUUUCUUACAGGUGUUAAUGGAGUUGGCGGACAAGCUUGGACUUCCGGAGUACGACUUCAACAGCCGCAUUAGGUUUAGCUCUUCGAAGGGAUUCUUCUGCCAGGUAUACAAUGAGAAAACUAAGUGUCUCGGGCGUGGAAAAGGACGAGCUUAUCCGCCAAUGUCGCCGGAGUUGUGGUCUCGUCUUAACAAUAUAUUUCUCCCAGACAAUACUGCCCUCCACAAAUUUCUCGUAAAGAAUCACUUACCUGUCCCGAAAUGGUUGCGCGAGUUGUUGGAAGGAUAA